AUGUUGUGGGGAGCUAGUGACAUGAACGCGGUGGAGGUCAUAGCGGUCUUCAACAACUCUUCGCUCACCGGCAUGUCUGGGACACUCGGCGAAGGCCACUCGGAGCUCCCGGCGCCCUUCGCCCUGGUCGCAGCGGCCGAGCUCGCUGCCAGGCGCUGGGGCUCGGUGGCUUUGGAACCCAGUGUUAGAUUGAUCGGCCCUGUCAAGAACGCACAGUAUUCGCAUCCUAAGAUCGCGAUCAAACAGCAGAGCGCGCCGUUGAAGGGUGGCCCGGAGAGCGUGGACAUCAGAAGCUUGGCGCACUCGCUGGGCGCCACGGGGCUCGACCGAUCGGCCCGCGGCGAGGGCGGGCAGGGGCUGCCGCGCGCGGCGUGGGCGCGGAUUGACAGGGCCCGGCGCGUUGGCGCCGACGCAGGAGCAGCGAACGCCCCGGCCAACGACCCUGCGCCGGCCAGCCGCGCAGCCGCCACCUCCACCCGCCAUCCCGCCAGCGGCUCGCCCAUCCCCGCUCUAUCUCAUGAGAUGGCGGAGGCCGUCGCCGCGGCGCUCGAAAGCCGCGCGCGGGGCCGGCGGACUGCCCGCCCAUCCGGCGACGGCCGUUCGUGGGCGACGGCGGGCCACGUCCCAGAGAUGGCGGGCGGCGGCGGCGCGGCGGCGUCGGGGCCGGACCCCCUCGACCAAGCGCCCGAGAUCGGGACUGCGGAGGCGUGGUCUACCGAUUUCCUCACGCGCGAGAAGGUCCACGUGGCCGACCACUGCAUCAAGGUAGACGUGAAGUUCAGCACGCGCCUCUUCCCGCGCCUCUUGCAGCUGCCGAGCAGCGUGGGGGCCGUCUGUGAGAAGCUGCGCCUGGUGCACCAGCAGUACCUGCCAGAGGUGCUCGCCCAAGACAGAUAUCAAGGUCGGGUGUUUGUGGUCGGCGACUCCGGGAGCGGGAAGACCCUCUUGACGAGGCAGCUCUUCUCGGAGGUGGCGCAGCAGCAGCUCCUCGGCAUCCGCAACCAGCCAGAUCGGUAUGGCCGCUUCUUGCGCCAUCUGCAAGCAGAGUGCGUCAACGCGCACAUGCAAGUGCACGGCCUGGACUUCGCUACUUUUCCAUGCCCAGAGUGCAGGACCACGGAACGCCAGCUCCAGUCGAUGGAGGCCGCCAGGUUGCAGCGGCAGCAGGUCGUCAGCAGCAGUGGGUCGUCAGCGGCAGCAGGUCACAGGCGCGCAGCCGUCUUCCGGAUCCCCCUCACCCAGGGGGGGGAGCGCAGGAUCACCAGGGAGAACCGCCGCUCCAGGUCGCCGCCUCCCCGCGUCGUGGCCGAUUCGCCCAUCAUGCAGCCCGAGUCGCCCGGUGGGGCCAUCGUCCCGGCCGCGUCGCCCACUGGCACGGCCGUCGUCCCGGCCGCGUCGCCCAUUGGCAGGGGGCUGUCGCAGUCCAUAUCCCCAUCACAGUCUCAGCCGUCGCGGCCGCAAGGCCCUGCCACCACGGAUGCCGAUUUCGGUUUCACGUUCACUGACAACACGGCGGCUGGCGGCGACGGGGCCCCGGUGCCAGACCCGUCCUUGGCUGCUAUUCGCGCCCUCGACGCCGUGCCGAAUGCCGCCGCUUUCCGAACCGCCCUGCAUCCGACGGGCUUAUUCAACGGCUUGCAGGACGAGCGGGGGGCCCGAGAGACAGCCAAGCAGUGGCUGGGCGAGAUGCUGGCGGACCCUAGGGACCACAAGGAGGUGGGAAUGGAUCCCAGCUUCUCAAUUCGGCUCCUGCUCCCGCGCCCCUUCCGCACAGCAGUCGUCGCGGUGGCGUCGCGCGAGGGUUGGCAGCUCGAAGCGCUCAUGAAAGGUAUCAUGAGCAACGCGGGCAGGUUGGAGCACCACGCCACGGUGCUCGAGGAAACUGCGGAUGAGACGCGCUCCCGCAAGCCGACGAUUGCGAUCUUCGGCGCGGCUAUGCCAUCCACUCGCAAGACCUCCCUCGCCCGCUUCGUCUCGGUCAGCCUGCUGGACGACACUGACGAGGGGCGGCAGCUGCAGGCUUGCACCUGCGGUGACGCCACGCUGAGAGGAUUGUUGAAUUGUAUUUCGACGCAUGAGCGCAGCGGGCUGGUCAACGACGAAAUCACGACGGCUUACGACACCACCUUCAGCCAGGGGUCGCGCGGGUGUCACUACGCGGGAAAGCCGACGAUGCUCAAGUUCGUCAACGGCGAGCGCAGCAUCACUUUGUGCUGGGGGGUGCGGGGGCAGAUUCCAGCGGUCGAGGAGGUGCUCCAGCGUGAUUCCAUUGGCUUCCGCAAGAGGUUCAAUACCAUUUGGUUUGGCGAGGCGGCUGGCCACCCGACGCAGAACACCGAGCAGUCCACGAUUUUGUUGACAGCGUUCAUGUCUUGGAUGUGUCAGAAUGCCCUGCCCCAUAGCAGGAAGUGCGUCAAUGCUUCUUUGGUUUCUCGCCAGCUGCCCAUUGACAUGCUGGCGGGCAACUUGAUUCCUGCGGAUCCGCGGUGCCGUGGCGUCGUGACUUCUGGCGAUGCCCUCACGUGGGUGCGCGCUCGGCUCAUGGCUCGUGGCGAGAGGGAUGUGGCUGGCCGGGUGCACGGGGCCAUCCAAGCAGCAGCAGCGGCCGGGGUGGUCGAGAUCAUCGCGGGUGCCCCUGCCGCCGAGGACGGCGCAGACGCCGCCCCGCGGGCUAGGCGGGGCCGGCGCGUCCUCAGGUUCAGGAAGAACCCUUGGGCGACCGUUCUGGCGAACGAAGUCGCUUCCGCCUUCGCGGUAAGCUUGCAGCUCAAUGCCGAUUCUUUCGAAGAUUGA